UUGUUCCUGAUGUCCUGCUGCCUCUCCUCCUCCUCUUCCUCUCUCAGGAUGAAGAUGAUCUCCCUGCUGCUCCUCAUCCUCAGCUCAUGUCUCUGUGCAGCAACAUUUGUAGUGAAUGUGACCCAGAGCAGCUAUGAGGCAGAGGAGAACCACAGCAUCACUCUGGAGUGGACCUUCACCACCAGGACUCAGGGAUCCUACAAAUACAUAAAGAUCAUCUGUGACCUGACAGAUUUAGUCCUGAUUGAAGUAAAUAAUGGAGUUGAGAAUUCAAAGUCUCAGCAUGAUCAGUUUUCAGGACGAGUCCACAUUGACAAAGACGUCCUCAGAGAAGGACGAAUCAGACUCCAUGUGUCCAGACUGAGGACUGAAGACUCUGGUCUGUAUCUGUGUGACGUGAAAACUGAAGAUGGAUUCAACUCUGGAAGAUGUCGACUCAACGUUUCUGCAGCUGCUGAUCAGCUUCAACCUCCGACUGAGAAUCUACAACCAGACAGUCGAGGAAGAAUCGGAGUUCAUGUUUCACUGGGACUUUUAGCUCUUACUGUCAUUAUUUAUUUUUUAUAUCAGUGUUAUAUUUUUAAAAAGCAAACUAAAAAGGAAAUCUGUUUACAAUCAGAUGUUGAGUUUCUGAGAGAAACAAGAGCUGGACUCUGAAAACACUGAUAUAAAAGCUAAAAAUGGAAUAAAAAAAUGAAACU